GAUAGUCUUGAUUCAAAUAUGUUGUUUUGCAAUAUUUUGUCAUUGUUUUAGUGGCGUUCUCUAUUCAAAUAAUUGCUUUUAUGUAAAAUAUUAUAAAACCCUUUCAUUUUAUACUUUUCAGAUUAUAACAAAUUUCUUAAAAUAUAUAAUGGCCGAUGAUGAUGAAGAUGGGUUUCCUGGUAAAUCUGCAAGGACUAGAAAUGGUCGGAGUACUGUAAGAGAGAAAAAUGAGGAAAACUUCUUGGUUACUACACGUUUCAGAAGUCCUCCUCCAAUGAGAUACACCUCUCCUAGGGCUAGCAGGGAUUGUCAACCAGGAACCUCAAGUACAUCCUUCAACAUAAGUUUAGCUCUACAGAGAAUAAUAGGUGUAAAAGAACAAUCUACAUACUUCAGUAUCCACUACAUAUGUUUGCACCAAACAGACUACCCACACUGGGAGAAGUUUGUCGUAGAAUAUAUUGGCUCAGAGCAAGUAAGAAUAACGCAAAACUAUCCUGUGCACAAAAGACAAUGUCAAGAUCUAUGCUUUGCAUUGGAGGGGAGUGUACGAAAAGUAACAGGGGAGAAUUUACUGGAGUAUGCAUUUUGAGAGAACUGUUAAGUCUUUGGGACAAGAGUGGAUUUGAUUCAAAAUUUCGGGUUACAGAACAAGUAGUGAAGAAGAAGCUUGAGAAAUCUUAUGA